AAAAAAAAAAGUUAACCCAAAAAAAAAAAAGUUCUGAAAAUGCUAAAACCAUAAAAAAGACAAACCUUCUUCGUCGCUUUAGCUCUGGCAGUUUGGACUGAAGAUUUUCCCCCAGAUGACAUCCUCACCGUCGAUUCAUCUCAUCCUAAUCUUCGUAUCCCUCCCUCUGUUCCUGGCCGUUCGAUCUGAUCAUCCAUGGGAACUCAGGCUGCCGACAACGACGACGCCGGUGAGGAAUCUUGCGGUGCGGAAGGGUGCACCGUUCAGAAUCGCGAUCUUCGCGGAUCUCCACUUCGGUGAGGACGCGUGGACGGACUGGGGCCCACGUCAGGACGUUAACUCCGUCAAUGUUAUGUCCGACGUUCUCGACGCCGAAACCCCAGAUAUGGUGGUGUAUCUAGGAGAUGUAAUAACAGCAAACAAUAUACCGACAAAGAACGCGAGCUCGUAUUGGGACAAAGCUUUGGAUCCGACGAGACAGAGAGGGAUUCCAUGGGCCACCCUCUUCGGUAACCACGACGACGCUCCUUUCGAAUGGCCUUUGGACUGGUUUUCAUCCUCCGGUCUUCCUCCCCUUCGCUGUCACGACCCGAAUUCAUCGACCACCGGUUGUGAAGAAGUUGCGUGUGCGUUCAAAGGAACAACGCGUGUGGAUUUGAUGGAACAUGAAGUUGCAGAAUCCAACAACACACUGUCAUACUCCAUGAACGGUCCGAAAGAGCUUUGGCCAAGCGUCUCCAACUACGUCCAUGUGAUCACAUCAUCCAACCAUCCGAAGUCACCCGUGGCAUUUCUCUACUUUCUUGAUUCCGGUGGUGGAUCGUACCCUGAAGUCAUCUCAAAUGCUCAAGCCGAAUGGUUCAGACGCAAGUCCAACGAGCUAAAUCCCGAUUCACGGGUUCCGGAGUUGAUCUUUUGGCACAUACCGAGUAAGGCUUUCAAUGAAGUGGCUCCACGGCUAUGGAUAAGAAAGCCAUGUGUUGGAUCCAUUAACAAGGAGAGAGUUGCAGCCCAAGAAUCCGAAAUGGGCAUCAUGAAAAUCCUCCAAGACAGAUCCUCUGUUAAGGCGGUGUUUGUAGGUCACAACCAUGGACUUGACUGGUGUUGUCCGUACAAGGACAAGCUCUGGCUUUGCUUUGCAAGACACACUGGUUAUGGCGGAUAUGGCAACUGGGCAAGAGGAUCAAGGAUCUUGGAGAUUACGGAAAUGCCCUUCACCCUUAGAUCCUGGAUUAGGAUGGAGGAUGGUUCUGUACAUAGUGAAGUCAUAUUGAGUUCUUGAGUCACACUGGUCGGUCCAUAUAAUUUCAUUUUCUCAAUUAUUAGUUUCUUUUAUAAGAUAACAUCAUGCAAACUAAAGAUGGUCUGUGGUCAAUCCAUAUAUCACUGAAUCUCUAAAGGGAAAGAUGAGAUCCUUGAGCACGCCGAGGCAACGUGUAGAGUUCAUGCAUGGAUUCUUGGUUUGUUAACAUGAAUCGUCGUUGUCCGAAGAGGGUUGUCCAUAAGCAUUUGAAGCUCUCUGAUUGUGAUU